AUCUUAAUUAUAUUUUCAUUCUGAAAAUGAGUAAUGCAGGUUAUUGACUUGAAAGAAAAAUAGGCAUGAAACAGUAUGGCUGCAAUGUUUCGUUUUGAUUUGAUUGUUUAAGUUAAAUAAAAUCAUUUUAUUUGUUUGUUUUGUUGUUUUAGUCAAAAUAAUAUAAAGUGAACAGAGAUCAUUUGUACAAUUAUGCAGUAAUGUUCCAGUAAAACUCGUUAAAUACAGACACACAUGCUGGAAAAAGUGGCUGUUUUGAGUGUGAAAUUUGCCACACACAAUAUGGCGGCACUGCAGUAUCGCAGCAUGGCUGCGGUUGGUUGGGGUCAAAGGUAAGAGGUCCUGAUUUCCCGGGAAAUUCGCACACGAUUGCAGACAAUCAGUCAUUAGGACUGAACUGCAAAGUUCCAAUCCAGAAUACAUACUGCACCCUAUCUGUAAACUGAUUAAACAACGCAACUUGCUGUUUUUAAACUGUGAAGGAAUAUUUAAAAAAUGCCAACGAUUACUGAGAAACUGUUACUGGAGAGAGGACGCCCCAAGUCUACCCAGCUGGAGAAGAUCAAGAGUCUGAACCUGUCUGAUCUGAGUCUGGAGAACGCUGACCUGGACUCCACUCUGCUGCGGAGGCUUACCUCACUGGAGGAGCUUGAUGUGUCGGGGAACCUGCUGACUGAGCUCCCAGCCAGCCUGCCACUGCCAGCGCUGAGAAGACUCAACUGUGCCAACAACCAGCUGGAGGAAGUGACAUCACUGAAGCAGUUCAGAAUGCUGGAGGAGCUGAGCCUCGAGGAUAACCUCUACAUGACUAUCAGUGACAGUUACAAGCUGAUGUUUUUGUUGCCGAAGCUCAGGAGACUCAGCGGUAAGGAGAUCACCUCCACAGCCAAUCAUGUGCGCUUCGUCGCCAGCGAGGAGCUGUCCAGACGGGUGAGCAGCUUGUGGGAGAGAAGCUUCCAGGAGCGGCUCCCCAGCUCUCCCAGCGCAGCCCAGGCCAGAGUCCUGGGGAAAGAGUUUGUGAAGGCGGCUGAGACGCAGGUCAAGUACGGGGCCAGCUCCCUGAGCGACUACACCAAGUGGAGGGUGAAGAUGAUCGCCAGAGAGCUGCUGUCCUCACGGCUGGGGUUGCAGUGUGAAGCCAGCUCCGAGGAGGAAGACCUCUCUGAGUGCGAAUCUGGAAGUGAUGUCAGAGAGGAGGCAGGAAGUGAGCAAAAUAGAGUCCCUGCUGCAAAAAGGAAGGAGAUAAGCUCUGAAUCCUCACCCAGGAAGAAAACCUGCUUGUCUGCAGCUGAUGACAUCACCCAGAGCGCCGAGCGCAGUCCCAGGAGGUGUGUCCGCUUCGAGAACGUUUCCACGGCAACUGACAAAGCAGGCCUCAGUCCUGGGGUAAAAUUACAAGAGAGCCCCAGGAAGUCUGUCCAGUCACUGAGGAGUCCCAGAAAGCUUGACCAAUCACAGCAAAGCCCAAUGAAGGCUGCCCAAUCACAGCAGAACUCAAGAAAGACUUUCCAACCACAGCAGAGUCCGAGUAAGUCCAUUACGUCACUGAGGAGUACCAAGAAGGCUGAGCACUCAGAACAAAGCCUGAGAAAGCCUGUGGCGAUAAAGGAGAGCCCCAGGAAAGCGGACCAACCCAAAGCAGCUGUGAGCCAGCCUGACAGCAGCCUGGACACCCUGCGGAAGAGCCCGAGGAAAAGGCAGGAGAAGGAACCUGCCAAGAAGGGCCAAGGAGAGGAGGGGGAGGAGGAGCAGGGCAGCAGAACGCCUCGCAGGACUAGCAAGGAUCCCAUCACAAUGAAGCCCCUGCAUUUCCUGCAGUGUCACAGCAAGCAGAACAGUCCAGACGACUUCAGCACACAGCUGUGGGCCUGUGCCUUCGAGCCCCGGAUAGACAGCAGCGGAGGAAUUGAGCCAUUGACCAGCAAGACUCUGCUCCCUCUCCCCUCAGGGUCCAGAGGCCACUCAUCUCGGACAGUGGCCACCUGCGGAGGGGAGUCUGUGUGUAUCAUCGACUGUGAGACCGGAUCGGUGCUGAACAAAUACAAGGUGUCUGGAGAGGAGUUCUUCUGUCUUGCCUGGUCCAUGAUGACCCUGCUCACUGGGGACGGGCGUGGUCAUCGUGUGAGCGUGCUGGCGGCCGCCGGGAGGAGGGGGGUGGUCAAGCUCAUCCACCCCAAGGCCAGCCUCGCGUACGGGGAGUUCCGGGCCAGCAGGAGAGCCGUGUCCACCCUGUGCUUCAGCCCAGCCCAGGAGAGCUUUCUCUUCACCGGAACAUACGACAAGAAGAUCAUUCUGUGGGAUAUUGGAGGGCUGGACUGUGAAUACAAGUUCAAAGUGAGUCAGCUUCUGGUCCUGGAGGCAGCCUCCAUCCCGCUGCACCUCCGCUUGGUGCCCUCCGCCCCUGAGCAGCACCUCCUGGCAGGCUGUGAGGACGGCCUGCUGCUCUUCGACAUCCAGCUCAGCAAGAACCAGCUCAAGAGGUCCAGCGAGCUGGAAUUCCAGUUUCCUGUUUACAAGAAGGAGGAAGAGGAGAAUGAAUUCCGUCUCAUUGACAGCUUGUCCUUCCUUAGCAACGACAUCGUCGUCUCCAAGAGUGCCAUGCAGGGCUCUAUCUACCUGUGGAGCUGGAGCAAGACUCUCGCCUCACGGAGGAAAAGCAGGGAGGUGGAGGUGGAGAUCCUGGCUGAGCUGCAGUGGUCCAGCACUGAGCUGCCCUACAUCUCCCUCAGCACCUGCCCAGGUGAAGAUUAUGUGGUGUGCGGGGAUGAGAAAGGAGACUUGUGGACUUAUGAAGUGAGUCAGUGUCUGCGGGCUGGAGCCAAGACUGACAAAAUGAUCCCUCCCACUCAGAUUCUGGAGUGGCCCGCCCCCAACAGGAAAGGUCACGGCCCCAUAGCGGGAACCUCAGUGAACAGCGUCGCCAUGGACCCUGAACUGCAGUACCUCGUGGCCCUGACUGACAAGAACAUUGCUGCAGUGUGGAGGAGAGCCUAGCCCAGCCUCUCCCUGCAGUGUGGAGGAGAGCCUAGCCCAGCCUCUCCCUGCAGUGUGAAGUCCUGAAGCACUUUGAAAUAGAGCCUGGGUAACACAGUACAGCUCCCCUUGCUUCACUGCGUUUGAUAUAAUGUACUGCUGUUGAAGUCCCAGUCAAGCCACUCUGCAGACUUCAGUACUGUGCCCAAGUGUCUCAGAUCGCCUCUGUUGUGUGACCUGCUUCAGUGCCAGGCUGUGUUUUUCAAAUCUGUAUUGCUUUUUUUAAUAAACGUAUUAUUAUUUUUUUUUUUUAAA